AUGAUUAAUUCAGGUGAAACAAACGAACAAUCUUGUUUAAGUCCUCUUGAUUCUGCUCGUUUUAUAAUGGAACGAGCUCGACAUGUUUCAAUAAAUAUAUCUGCUCUUCAAAAAUUGGCUAAUAUGAUCUCAUGUGCAAUGAUGAAUGGAGAAUGUACACCAGAUGAUUGGAUUGGAUCAGAUGUGGGACCACCAAAAGGAGAUGAUCAAUUAACAAUUGAUUGGAUAUUUUUGAUAACUAGUUUAAAUUUUUCAUUUUGGACUGAUGAUAAUCAACAUGAAUCAUAUUGUCGAAAAUAUAAAAAUAAAAUCUAUUAUGGUUAUGAAGCAUUAUGUGUAUCAAUAAAUCAAGCAUUAGAUGAAGGGAUUGAUAUAAUUAAUGCUCAAUAUUAUUCUCAUAUAACAAUUGAUCAAUUAAAAUAUAUAUUUCGAUCAAUAGAGAAUUCAUCUCAAUUACCAAUGUUAAACGAAAGAUUAAAUAUUUUACAUGAAACUGGAUCAGUACUUGUUAAAGAAUAUGGUGGACAUUUCACUCGCUGUAUUGAACAAAGUGGUGGAAGUGCUGUUGAUCUUGUCGAAUUAAUUGUGAAAAAAUUUCCUUCUUACAGAGAUGAAGCUGUUUAUGAUGGACAACGAGUCAGCUUUUAUAAACGAGCACAAAUUUUAGUUGCUGAUAUUUGGGGAUGCUUUAAUGGACAUGGUUUCGGUCAUUUUACUGAUAUGGAUGGUUUAACAAUGUUUGCUGAUUAUCGUGUUCCACAAGUACUAUCUCAUGAAGGUGUUCUUGUUUAUUCAAAUGAAUUAAAACGUCGACUUGAAAAAAAAGAAGAAAUUCCAUAUGGAGAUUCAGAUGAAUGUGAAAUACGUGCUGGAUCAAUCUUAGCUGUACAUCUUAUUGUUAAUCAAGCAAAUGAAAAAAUUCCUUUAGAAAAGGAUACAGGAGAAGGUGGACCAAGAUUAAAUGCACCAGUUGUUGAUGUUUAUUUAUGGCGAAGAAGACGAGAACUAACUCACUUAUACAAACAAACACCUUUUCAUCGUACAAGAUCAAUUUUUUAUUAA